UAGGUGCAUUCGACAGGAAUCUCACUCGUACAGGUUGUGGAUGAGGGUCAACCCCCGGGAUUUCUAUGGAUGCGAAACCACCUCCUAACCGCUAAGUGGCGUCGCGCAGGGGCUAUUGGGGGCGAGCAGCUAUCCGAAGACGAUCUGCUGUGCGACUUCGAGGCCUUCUGCCGCAGCCAGGAGCGUGUGCAGCAACUACUGACCGAAGUCAACGAUACUCGAACAGACACUACAGACGACCCUCGAACCGAUGCAAAGUCACAGGACUCUCACUUAGAUAGCACCAAAAACACUCACACAGACGCUCGAGCCGAUCCAAAGAAGCAUGAAUCUCUCAUAGAUAACACCAGAAGCACCCACACAGUACACACAGAUAGCUUGAAGGAGAAGGAAGCGCGUGCAGAGGCAGUGGAAAGUGCUGUGUCGGCGUUGGAGAACGCUACCCAGCCCCACACCUCACAAGAGGUAUCGACCAAGACUUAUGCGGACAAGAGGAUAGGUGCGACGGCUGCAGACCACACAGGAGGAGAUGGAGACUAAGGGAUGUAAGACCGAGUCUAUAUACAUACAACCGACUGGUUGUGAUACAACUGAAAGAUUAAAAUCAAAGAGUGCUAUCGAA